CUCUUUGGAGACGCCCCCUCGGAGGGCCGCUCAGGUAAACAGGCAAGAUGGCGGCGCCGGAGAGGGCGAGCGAGGCGGAGACGGGCCCCGCGGAGUCGGAGGCGGACGGGCCGGAGGGGUUGGUUCUGCCGCCGCCGCCGCCUCCUCCUACAGGGCCCAGGCCGGCCCCUCCGAGCCUGGCGGAGCUGCCGGGGGAGCUUCUGGAGCUAAUCGCGUGCUGCGGCCCGCUGAACGCCUCCGACGUGGCCCGCCUGGCCUGCACCUGCCGCCGCCUCAGGGAGGCCUGCCAGCCCCGAGGGAAGGUCUGGAGGGAGCAGCUCCGGCUCAGGUGGCCAUCGCUUAUGAAAUAUUAUAACCAGGUGGACAGCGUGAAUUGGCUGGAGGAAUACAAACAACGGCAUAAAGCUGGUUUGGAAGCUCGGAGAAUCGUAGCAUCAUUCUCCAAAAGGUUCUUUUCGGAUCAUGUGCCCUGUGACGGCUUCACUGAUAUUGAAACCCUCGAGUGCCCAAGCCACUUCUUUGAGGAUGAGCUGAUGUCCAUCCUUAAUAUGGAAGGAAGGAAAGGCCUGACGUGGAAGUACUAUGCAAAGAAAAUCCUUUACUUCAUGCGGCAGCAAAACAUAUUGAAGAAACUGAAGGUGUAUCUUCAGCGCCCAGCAGAUGAGCAGUCCUUUUUGGAAGGGGCUGUAUUGAUUGACCAGUAUUGCAACCCACUGUCGGACAUCUGCCUAGAAAGUGUCCAGGCCCAGGUUGACGAUAUUGUGGCCAAAGUUCGGAAAUUCCUGAAAUCGAAAAACUCUAGGCACCCAAGUGUGACCCAAAAAGCAGGGGAGGUCUUGAUCGUCUCUCAGGCGGAGCUUCAGAGGCAGGUCCUCGAUGCCAUGAACUACGUCCUCUACGAGCAAUUGAAAUACAAAGGGAACGAGGUGGAUUACUACAAUUCCCUGAAUUCGUACAUCCGCCAGGUUUUGAUCCACAGGACUGGAAUCCCAAUCAGCUUGUCGGUGCUUUACUUGACAAUUGCCAGGCAGUUGGGUGUGCGGCUGGAGCCUGUCAACUUUCCCAGCCACUUUCUGCUCAGAUGGUGCCAAGGGACAGAAGGAAGCACAAACAUCUUUGACUAUGCCUAUAUUGACGCUUUUGGGAAGGGGAAGCAGCUCACCGUGAAAGAGUGCGAGUACCUGAUCGGGCACCAUGUGACCGAGGAAUUUUACGGCGUGGCGACAGCAAAGGAGGUUUUGCAGCGAAUGGUGGGCAACUUGUUGAACAUCGGGAAGCGGGAAAGCACCGAUCAGUCCUACCAGCUCCUGCGAGACUCCUUGGAUCUGUACCUGGCCAUGUACCCAGACAACGUGCAGCAUCUCAUGCUCCAGGCUCGAUUAUACUUCCACCUGGGAAUCUGGCCAGAGAAGGUGCUGGACAUCUUGCAACACAUCCAAGCGCUGGACCCCUCCCAGCAUGGAGCAGUGGGCUAUUUAGUUCAGCAUACUCUAGAGCACAUUGAACGCCGGAAAGAGGAAGCAGGGCCUGACGUGAAGCUCCACUCGGAGGAGAAACACAAAGACGUCUGCUAUUCUGUCGGCUUGAUUAUGAAACAUAAGAGAUACGGCUAUAACUGUGUCAUCUAUGGCUGGGACCCGGCAUGCAUGAUGGGGAACGAAUGGAUCCGGAACAUGAACGUUCAUAGUUUGCCGCAUGGUUCCCAGCAGCCCUUCUACAACGUAUUGGUGGAGGACGGAUCGUGCCGAUACGCAGCCCAAGAGAAUCUGGAGUACAACAUGGAGCCCCGAGAAAUCCCUCACCCGGACAUUGGCCGCUACUUCGCAGAGUUUGCCGGCACGCACUACCUGGCAAACGCUGAGCUGGAGUUCCGGUACCCCGAGGACCUGAGGCUGACGCUUGCGGAUGUCCAGAAAACGUACGGGAGCAAGGAAUGAACUUCUGUCUGUCUUUGCUGGUGUGAAAGAUGGUUUUUGUGUGGUGGCGGCAGCAGCGAGAGCUGUGUCACGGGAACCGUUCUUGACAGUUCUCCGGCUUAACUAGGGAUCACAUUUUGCUUGAUAACUAGGGGUGAAGUUUUUUGUUCUUUAACCACCCAGCUAAAGCCGUGCCAAUAUUAGUGAAAUACUGCAGGACACCUGAGCUGCUGAGGUGUGCAGAUGCUAUUUGUUGGAAAUGACUUCUGUGUACGAAGUACAUGGUCCUCCUUACCGCUCUUGGACCUCAAAAGCUCUUUGUUUCCCCACCAAAGACUUGGGGGAGUGUUUGGGGUGGCCCAAAGACUGGAAACGUUGGCACCUUACGGAUAGUGUUAGUCCUCCACAUUUGCGGUGCAAUGAAGGUCCUGAGUUAUGUGCAUACCCUGGAAAGAACACGGCAUUUUCACAGACCUCGUUGCCCACCUUCAAUUCCAUGCAGCCCUGUGCCAAAAUCUUGGGAAUUAUAUUGAAACUUCUUUGUCCAAAGAUCUUGCACUGAGCCGAUCUCCUCCCACUGCUCCAAACCAUCGCUCAUGCUAGCUUUUUUCUCCAGGCUUCACAGAUUCCAUUACACACACACAAACACACACACACACACCCCGCACUCCUCUUGCUCUGCACCAGUCUUGGAAGGAGUUGCUCAUGUUGCUGUGAUAUUUCCCUGUGCCUAAAGAGGAGUAUCCAUGCUGUGCUGUGAAAACCUCACGUAUGUCAAGACAAAUCUGGGCUUUUUGUGUGUGUGUUUGUGUAGUCAAGGGCUGCCAACCUUUUGGAGCCAGUGGGAAUUUUGAGAUGGUGCCAUGGGCACCAGUCACAAAAUGGCUGUUGUGGGUGUGUAGCGUGACAGAAAAUGGCUGCUGCCCCCCAAAAUGGCUGCUCAGAAUGGAUGGGAGGGCAGGUGGUCCAGUCCUGGCAUCCAAUGAAAUUAGGGCGUGUUUAAAGCAGGGGAGGGUGUUGAAUGUAGGAAAGACUAAGCAAAUGGAAUCUGAGCAGGAAUAGCACAGAGUCCCUCCUGCAUUGUGGAUUUUUGAGGGGAUGUUUACUGGGGCCUUUUGUGAGUGCUGUAUGAGGUACCGUUGGGCACAAUGUUAGUGACCAUGGUUCAAACCAAGCUCCAUUUGGAGGAAAAUGGGAAGUCCUAUUAAUCAGGGAAUGUCCACAAAAUCUUACUUGAUUUGCAGCCCAGCAACCAGAACGGUACCUAAGCAGGCUGGGGGGGAAACAGCUGAUUGUGCACCUUUGUAUUUUGUUAAACACUGUAAACAUGCACCGCAAAGAGGUGGAAAACAUGUCAUUUUAAAAUGGCCGUCUUUCUAAGCAGAGGGCAGUCGAUAUUUACCGGAUUGCAGGCUUGGGAAGGCUUCAGGUAAACUAUCAUUAUCACGUUGUGAGGGGUAAAAUAAUAUGUAGUUUUGAAUGUUAGUAGCAGAGAAACCAUUCCUUUCAGGAGAACUCUUCGUCGUGCAUGCGGUAUUUCUAGUAAUAUUUUAACCAGCGUAUAUCCUUGUGAAAUUCUCUCAGGGAUGGGCAAUCUGUGGCCCUCUGUUCUUGGGCUACAUUUCCCAUCAUCCCCAUGCUGGUUGGGGCUGAUGGGAGCUGGAAUCCAAAAACACAUGGAGGUCCACAGGUUCCUCACCCCUCUUUUACGUUAUCUGCUGGGGACAACUUGAAGCAGCUUAGAGGGCUAGUCCAAAAGAGCCCCCCAAAAAAACACCUUGAAAGCGUUUGUAGUAAAUGGAAUCAGAACUGGAGAGACAAAAUCCUGCAUAGCAGGUGUGAGGGACCUCUGGCCUUCCAGAUGUUGCAGAACUACAAUUCCCAUCAUCCCAAGCCUUCUGCAUUCACUGGGGAUGAAGCGAGUUCUUUCCCCCCCCAUUACGUUUUACUAAGUUUCAACAUACAUAAUCAAAACAGAAUUUCGUCUUCCUUCUCAUUUUUACCAACUUCCCACCCCAUUUUCCAUGCGAGUUCUCGUUUCUCCCCUUCUUCUGCACCCUGUCUUCCAUCAAAUCAUAACCACAAUAUUAUAAUCUAAUUACUUCUGCCGCUCAUAGAUCAAAUCCUGCUCGUGAGUUCAUCAUGCUAUAAUAUUUAUUUAAAUAGUCCGAAAAGGGCAUCCAUUCUUCCAUACAACACUCAUCAUUAGAUUGUCUUGAUUUUGCUGUUAAUUUUGCCAGUCAUGCACAAUCCAUUAACUUACCCAUUCUUCUUUAGUUGGAACUUCUCCUUCCUUCCAUUCCUGCUCAUGUAGAAUCCUAGCUGAUGCUGUUACCUACAUAAGCAACUUCUAACAUGUUUUUUGAGAGGGGAUUUCUGCCCCUGUCAUCCCUAACGUAAAUGCUUCGGGCUUUUUUAUAUAUACAGGGGCGAAGGGAGUUCUAAUUCAGCAGCGUCUGUGGGGCUGGAGGCUCCCCGCACCCUGCCCUACAGUUGUCAGUACGACAUGAAUCCCGAUUCAUCAUUUCAGGGGUAAGAACUUUAGCAAUACACUGAAUUUCCCCCUCUCUUUUGGGGAAAGCUGCUGCUGCUGCUCCUCUGCAACUAGGGAACAAUGUGUCUGCCUCAACCUCCUCCGCCUGCAGCUGGCUCCUUUUUAAAACAUUCGUCUUUAAAGCUGGCAGGUCAGGACCCUGUACCAAGGUGGGCUGCAGCAGCAAGCGCUACCACCAUACACUGAAUAUGGUUUAAAAAAAUAAAUAAAUGAAAGAGCAGGUCCCCAAAUGCAUGCUUGGGUAAAAGACUGAAGACUGCUGCUUUUAAAAGCAUGGCAGGAUUCCUGCCACUGAGUCUUGGGCCCUGCAUCAACGCUAGGCAUGUGACCUUGAUCCAAAAGCUCCUUUAGUUCCGUUUUCUGUGUUUUUAGAGUAGUCAUAUACUUGGCCUGUGGUACUUCCUCCCAAGGUGCUCUCAGAUUUUGGUUUGUUUUGUAAACCACUUAGAACUUGUCCUUUAUAUGGAAGGUGCUAUAUAUAUAUAUAUAUAAAUAUAUAUAUAUAAAUAAAUAAAUAACUCGAAACAGUAUAAUGAUAUUAAUAAAGAAUACUUUGUACAGCUAAUCUACAAUAUGCAGUUUUGCUCACAAAAAAUGAGAUUUUUAGAGGAGAGUUUCCAGCAUGGAGGGUUGGGGGGGUCUUCUUAUCUCCCCCUUCCCCUUUGCUCUUGAUAGCAUCUCUGAAACAAAAUGUUCACUUCUUCAGGUUAUGAUAACUGUGUUUAUAUCUAUCUUGUCUUCUAGACUGUUAGUCCAUAGCUAUACUUUAUUCUUACUAGUAGUCGAUGGCAGGACUACAGAGGGGGGUUAAUAUAAAUGAGUGUCUUUGCUUGGGCAUUUCUAUAUUUUUAAACAGGGUGGAUUCUGGGCCUGUGGUAGAUAUACGAAUGAAAGUCCCUUUGCUGCUGUGAUUUAUCAUUCUGUGGAACUGCAUCAGCCGCCCUGUCAUAGUGAAUUGUGUGUGUUCAGAGUGACUGCUGUAUUGAUGGCUCUCCAUGCACUAGUUUUGUUUUAAUUUAUGCACAAUAGGUUAUUUUUAAAAGAGGUUCUUGGCUUCAAGCCUGCCUGGUGAAAUUAUACACAAACACACACACACACGCAUGCACACACACACACAUAUCGCUUUUCAACCAGCUCGUAGGCCAAAUACUCCUUUCCAGCCCUUUCUGUCCCGUCUUCACGAUUAUCCCCAGGCCACAUAUCCUGUUCAAUGACGUCAUAGAAUUGUAGAGCUGGAAGGGACCCUGGGGGGUCAUCUAGUCCAACCCCUUGCAAUGCAAGAAUAUGCAGCUGUUCCAUCUGGGGAUUGAACCUGCAACCUUGGCGUUAGCAGCACCAUGCUCUAACCAAUUGAGCUACCCAGGCUGAAUUCCUUGAGUGCUUCUGCCUGGCUGGGAUAUGUUAUUGAACUGUGGUGAUGCCUCUUGUUUGUCUCGAUGGAGAGAUGGGGGGGAGGGGCAGGAAGUGGAGAUUUGUGACUUUUUUUGUAGCUGGAUCGUGGCCCUUGGUACAGAAGGAAAAGUCGCAGCUGUUGCUGCACCUACUUUUCCCCACCCACUAUCAUGUGGCCCUCCCAGGCUGAAAAGCCUUCCCCAUAACCCCUACAUCUAAGCCUCUCCAUUAUCCCUGCUGGUUUGGAACUGCCUGUGGUUCUCCCAGCGGGAAAAAGAAAUGCACUUUACACAUUCCCAGAGGGGGCUACCUUCUUUAUUAACAGUUUCCUAGUCUGGGUCUGAAGCCUGGUAUCGAAAACAGGUCCUGAGACUGAGAGCAAGAGCAAAUUACUCCCCAAAUGUGUGUGAGAACUGUGGCCAAACAGAUACAUCUCCGUACAACUGGUACACGUACUUUCCAAACUUGGGAAUAAUUAUGAGACUUGAAAGUAGGGCGGUUUAGUGAUUGUUGUGGCCUAAGCUUCUCUGCUCAGAAGCAUAUCUCACCAAGUUUGAUGCCCAGGAUUUUAAGGACUUGAGGGUAUUCCUGCUGGGUCAGAUCAAGCAUGAAGAUGUAUGACUAGCCUUGCUCGAUCAGGCCAAGGUCUUCUCUAGGUCUUCUAGAUGUGGGUGGACCACAGCUCCCAUCACCCACAACCACCUUAGCCUAAUGGUCACAGGUGGUGGGAGUUGAAGUCCACCCAUGUGGACUUCUCAUCUAGCAUCCAUUUCUCAUUGUGGUCAACCAGAUGCCAUGGGGAAGCCAUCAGGCAGGUUCCAAGAGCAGCAUCACUCUCCCGUGUGAUCCCCAGCAACUGAUUCUCAGAGACACAUACUGCUUCUGACUGAACAUUGUUUCCGUUUUUCAUUUAGUCCAAAGCACAUGCACAUGUUAGCCCAAAUUCUUCCUACCUCCCUCAACCCCAAGCUCCAAUACCAGAAGAGACUCGGGCUCAAAGGAAAGUGGCCAAAGCAAUGGACAACUGAGAGAGAAGAAUCUCACCAACACACCCCUCGCCUGCACCUCCUUGCGUUAUCAGAGCAGGUGCAUAAGCAAACAAAGAUGGCCACCACUGUUGGGUGGCCACAAGUGUAUGACCGAGAACAUAUCUCAGAAUUCUCUGGAAAGCAGGAGAGCUCCAUGGCAAAUUUGGAGAGCCUUUCCCAAAUGUCUGGAUGGAGAGCCAGAAGUUAAUGGUCGUUUCCAAUCAUUCCUGACUGUUGGCCAUGUUGGCUGGAACAGAUGGAAGUCCAGAAGCAUCGGGGGGGGGCAUCUCCAUUGAGUGUUGGCUAGGACAGUUUUUGUUGAAUGUUGUUCCUUCCUUAGGAUGAUUGAACCCGAGCAGAGAACCUUGUGUAACUUAAUGGUUAAGGUCAACUGGUGAAAACGGCCGUUCAUCCUAGAGCGGCAGGAUGUGUUGCUUCCUUGCAUGAACUCUUUGUACUGAUAAGGUGCAUAAGCUCUUUGCAUGGAGGGUCACUGGAUUGAGGCUGUGAACUUUUUCUUUUGCAUCCAACUUGUGAAUGAUGGGAACACUCUGUGGUGAACUGGCAAUAUGUUAUUUUGACUGCUGUGGAUUUUCCAUAACUUAUUUUUCAUGAAAUGCUUCAGGGUGGGUGUUGGGGUUUUUUUUAUUUUUGGAGGGGUUGAGGGAGUUGGGAGUUUGUUCCUAGACUAUAUGGUUGGGGAAGAGAUCUCAAUAAAAGUAACUACUGCUUUAAA